AUGCUUGUCCUUUUGCUGACACUCCUCUGCUUUAACAUUGCCAACACAGAGGUCCGAUCAGCGUGUAAAAACCCUCCACCUAAAAUUGAUAAAAUUCGAUAUACGUUUCUGAAGAAGCACAAUGAACUCAGAAGAGUUCUCGCUAAUGGAACUCUUGAUGCCGCAAAAGGUACAUUCAGAGGAUCCACAAGUCUGUUUGCAAUGAAUUAUGAUUGCGAUCUGGAAAAUACAGCCCGAACGGCUGCUGAAAGAUGUCCUAACCAAGUCUCCAGCACAUCCGGAACAUCUGUGAAUUACCUAAUAGUGCGAGGCGAUCUUCUUAGCGUUGAUGAUGUCGUAAGCGAAAUAAAUGACCAUGUAUUUGAAGACUGGUCAUACACGAGACUUGAUGGUACUCUCGACCUGCAGAAGGCCAUUUACGACGAUGAGACUAUCGAGCCAUUUGCGAAUAUGAUAUACAACAAAUCGAUUUCGCUAGGAUGCGUGGCGAAAUAUUGCAAUACGACAAGAAGGAGGGCAUACGCCUGUGUUUACAGUAGCAGCCCGAAACGUGGAGAACCACUUUACUGGCCUGGUUCAAAAGCUAAUGGUUGCACGGAUCAUUCACAAUAUUGUCAGAGCCCACAACCACAUGCAUCCGACAUUGUUCGAAAUGCAUUUCUGAAGAUGCACAAUGAACUCAGAAGGGAACUUGCUAAAGGAAAUCUGGACGCCCAAAAGGAUAAAUUCAGAGGAUCCGCAAAUCUGUUCGCAAUGAAUUAUGAUUGCGAUUUGGAAAACGCAGCCAGAACAGUUGCUAAAGAAUGUCCUGAUAAAGCCUUCAGCACAGACGGAAGAUUUGUGAAUUAUAAACUAAUACGAGGCAAUUCUCCUAGCGAUCAGGAUGCCAAAAACGAUAUAGAGGGGCCAGUGUACGAAGACUGGUCAUACACAAGAUUUGAUGGCAAUCUCGACCAGGAAACGGCCAAUUACGACGACGAGGAGAUGGAGGCAUUUGCGAAUAUGGUAUACAACAAAUCUAUUUCGCUAGGAUGCGUGGCAACAUAUUGCAGUUUGACAAGAAGGAGAGCAUACGCCUGUGUUUACAGUAGCAGCCCCGAACUUGGACAACCACUCUACUGGCCUGAUUCAAAAACUAAUGGUUGCACUAAAAAUUCACAAUGUAGGAAAGCCAUAAAAGGUAGCACGUGCAUAAACGAUACAACUAAUACUGACACACUUCCUGAAGGGCUUUGUCAAACGAAGGAGCUUGCAGUACCCGAAACGACAAACCUACAAAUUCCAAUGGAGUGA